GGUCCGGUCCAUCUCCAUGGCUAAUUUCAAUUUUCAUUUGAUGGAAAUGGAAAGCGCAGGUGUCAGCGUGUCUGUUUUUCUCUUUCCACCGAACUCGUCGCAAGCCCCUUUUCUGUCUUCCACCUGUACAGUCUUUCUUCUCCCCAAAUAUUAUACAAAAAAUCAAAUUCUGCUGCAAAAAUCAUUACUAUUUCUCGUGUCUGAUGAGUUUAUAUAAUGAUGGCCAUUACAUUGAUUUACCUUUUCGUCUUCUUCCACGUUUGCUUUUUCUUUGUUUCAUCAUCACUUUCUGAUUUUUCAAUUCUUGAUUACAAUUUCGAUUCCGAUCCAUUCAAAGCCGACUAUUCACCCCCAUCACCACCACCACCCUCUCCACCACCCCACCCUCCAUCACUCACAUGCCAUGAAUUGCAAGGUAUUGGCUCACUCAACACAACAUGUCAGCUCAAUUACAAUCUCAAUUUCACACGUGAUGUCUACCUUGAAGGAACAGGCAAUUUGUUCAUUCUUCAAGGGGUUCUACUCAGUUGCCACGUUCCUUCUUGUUCCCUUACCAUUAACAUAACCGGAAACCUUGAGCUUAAGGCUAAUGCCAAAAUUUUAGCUGGCUCGGUCUAUAUAGUGGCAGGAAAUGCGAGUUUCAUUAGUGGGUCCGUCAUAAAUGUAACGGGAUUAGCGGGUGACCCACCCGAGCAAUCAACCGGAACACCUAAGGAGUAUCAGGGUGGUGGUGGAGGCCAUGGGGGUAGGGGGGCCAGCUGUGUUAUGGAUAAUAAGAAGCUCCCAGAAGACGUUUGGGGAGGAGAUACUUAUUCUUGGAAGUCAUUGGAACAACCUUUUAGCUAUGGAAGUAAAGGGCAGAGUACUAAUAAGGAGGAUAAUUAUGGAGGUAAUGGGGGUGGGAAGAUCUGGUUGGACGUCAAAGAUAUUUUCGAUGCUUGCGGAACUCUUUUGGCUGAUGGAGGGGAUGCUGGAAUCAAAGGAGGUGGUGGUUCUGGUGGCAGUAUUUACAUCAAGUCCAAGAAAAUGAUAGGAGGUGGCAAAAUAAGUGCUUCUGGAGGCAAUGGAUUUGCUGGAGGAGGUGGUGGAAGAGUUUCUGUUGAAGUUUUUAGCAGGCAUGACGACUCAGAGUUCUUUGUUCAUGGAGGGAGAAGUUUUGGCUGUCCCACAAAUGCAGGUGCUGCAGGGACAUUCUAUGAUGCUGUUCCUCGAAGACUCAUUGUUAGCAAUCACAACUUGUCAACAGAUACUGAUACGCUUCUCUUCGAGUUUCCUAAUCACCCUCUCUGGACAAACAUUUAUAUUCAAGAUCAUGCACGAGCUACUGUUCCUCUACUUUGGAGUCGUCUACAGGUUCGAGGACAACUUAGUUUAUCACAUGGUGCCAUUUUGUCCUUUGGGCUUGUACAUUAUGCCUUGUCAGAAUUUGAAUUGCUGGCUGAAGAGCUCUUGAUGAGUGACUCAGUAAUUAAGAUCUAUGGGUCGUUGCGAAUGUCUGUGAAAAUCCAGUUGAUGUUGAACUCAAAGAUGCUUAUAGAUGGUGAUGGUGAUGCAAUUGUUGCAACAUCUUUACUUGAAGUGAGCAAUUUAGUGGUGCUAAAGGGAUCCUCUGUGAUACAAUCAAACGCAAAUUUGGGAGUUCAUGGACAAGGUUCACUGAACUUAACUGGACCUGGAGAUAUUAUUGAAGCACAACAUUUGGUUUUGUCCUUGUUCUACAGCAUCAAUGUUGGUCCUGGGUCUAUUUUGCGUGGUCCCCUUGAAAAUGCAGGUGUUAAUCACACGAAAACAAGACUUUUUUGUGGACAUGCGAAUUGCCCAACUGAAUUGACAUACCCCCCUGAGGACUGCAACGUGAAUAGCUCACUAUCUUUUACUCUACAGGUCUGUCGUGUUGAAGAUGUUUUGGUUGAGGGCUUCUUAGAAGGGUCUGUUGUUCAUUUCCAUUUGGUUAGAACAGUUGUUGUAAAAUCUACUGGAUCAAUAAGUGCCUCUGGGCUAGGUUGCACCGGAGGGUUGGGCAGUGGUGUGCUCUUGCCUAAUGGCCUAAGCAGUGGUGCCGGACAUGGUGGAAAGGGUGGUGAUGCAUUUUACAAUGGAAGCUAUAUAAGUGGUGGUAUUUCAUAUGGUGACACAGGUUUGCCUUGUGAACUUGGUAGCGGAAGUGGAAACCAUAGUUUGCCUAGUUCAACUGCUGGUGGUGGCAUAAUUGUUAUGGGUUCACUGGAGCAUUCAUUGAUAAGGUUGGCUGUCUAUGGUUCAAUACAAGCCGAUGGAGAAAGCUUUGGCAAGUAUAGUACAGAAGACUAUAGAAAGGUUCUUUCAGACAUAGGUCCUGGUGGUGGUUCUGGUGGAACGAUUCUUCUUUUUGUUCAGUCUUUGGUCCUUGGUGAUUCUUCUACUAUAUCAACUAUGGGAGGGCAUGGUAGUCCUAAUGGUGGUGGCGGUGGUGGUGGAAGGAUUCACUUUCAUUGGUCGGACAUUUCUGUUGGAGAUGAAUACCUGCCUAUAACAAGUGUACAAGGCACUAUAAAUGUCAGGGGAGGAAUUGGUAGAGCUCUAGGACAAGAUGGAGAAAACGGAACUCUUAGCGGCAAACCUUGCCCAAAAGGGCUAUAUGGGAUAUUCUGUCAGGAAUGCCCUAUUGGUACUUAUAAGAAUGUAAGUGGAUCUGAUCGAUCCCUAUGUGCUAAAUGUCCAUCUCAUGAGCUUCCCCAUCGGGCUCUAUAUAUUCCUACACGAGGUGGUGUCACUGAUACUCCAUGUCCGUACAAGUGCGUUUCUGAUAGAUAUCAUAUGCCACGCUGUUAUACAGCACUUGAGGAGUUGAUUUACACCUUUGGUGGACCAUGGUUAUUUGGUUGUCUUCUUUUCAGUCUCCUCAUGCUUUUAGCUCUUGUUCUUAGUGUGGCUCGGAUAAAAUUUGGCAGUGGCGAUGAAUUGCCUGGUCCAGUGCCAGCACGUCGUGGAUCUCCAAUUGAUCGUUCAUUCCCUUUUUUAGAGUCAUUAAAUGAGGUGCUGGAGACAAGUAGAACUGAAGAAUCGCAAACACACGUACACAGAAUGUACCUUUCGGGGAAUAACACUUUUAGUGAACCUUGGCAUCUCCCUCAUUCUCCUCCUAAAGCAGUAACAGAAAUUGUAUAUGAAGAUGCAUUCAACAGAUUUGUGGAUGAGAUAAAUGAGUUGGCUUCGUAUCAGUGGUGGGAAGGAUCAGUAUAUGGAAUACUUUGUACUUUUGCAUACCCACUUGCAUGGUCAUGGAUGCAAUGGCGUCGGAAGAAGAAAAUGCAGCAACUGCGCGAAUUUGUUCGUUCCGAAUAUGAUCAUGCUUGUUUGCGCUCUUGUCGUUCACGUGCACUCUAUGAAGGGAUCAAGGUAGCUGCAACUUCAGAUCUGAUGCUUGCGUAUGUCGAUUUUUUCCUUGGGGGAGAUGAGAAAAGGGAUGACCUGCCUCCUCCUCUCCAUCAGAGGUUACCAAUGUCUAUACUUUUUGGAGGAGAUGGAUCUUACAUGACUCCUUUCUCUCUUCAAAGUGACAAUAUCCUGACCAGCCUCAUGAGUCAGGUUUGUAUUUAUUGCCAAUCGGUGCCACCAACAAUUUGGUAUAGAUUAGUUGCUGGCCUAAAUGCGCAACUUCGUUUAGUACGCCGCGGACAUCUGAGGGCUAAUUUUAGUCCAGUUACUAGUUGGCUUGAGACCCAUGCAAAUCCAUAUUUACGUGCCCAUGGCAUACACGUUUAUCUUACUCACUCUCAACCUUCAGCCAGUGGUUAUGACCAGUUUGGACUACUUGUAUGCACUGUUGAAAAUGAACCAGUGAUGCCGUCGGAAAGUGAGAACAGAUCUUUAUUGCUCGAGAAGAACCCACGUACGCCUGCUAAUCGUUGGAGAAAGGCAUUUGAUCUUGUUAGAGUCAAUGAACAUGCAACGGUGCAGAAAAAAGUACCUGGAGAAAUUUUACAUGACAAAAACCUACAGGCUCUUAAAGACCAAUUGACUCUGUGCUACCCGUUCUAUUAUAUAAUUCGGAACACAAGACCUGUUGGCCAUCAGGAUGUUAUUGGUUUGGUCAUCUCAAUACUCCUAUUAGGAGAUUUUAGUCUAGUCUUGCUCACACUGCUACAGCUGUAUUCUAUCUCAAUGCUAGAUGUGUUUUUCUUUUUGUCUAUUCUUCCUCUUGGUAUACUUCUUCCAUUUCCAGCUGGAAUCAAUGCUUUAUUUAGUCAUGGACCUGCGCGAUCAGCAGUGCCUGCCCGUGUCUAUGCUCUAUGGAAUAUCAUCUCAACAAUUAAUGUUGUAGUAGCUUUCAUUUGUGGAUCUGUUCAUUUUCAUAGUCAAUCCUCUGCGAAAAGACAUCCCAACUUUCAGUCGUGGAAUUUUAGCAUGGACGAUAGUGGUUGGUGGAUGCUGCCUACUGGACUUCUCCUAUUUAAAACAGCUCAAGCAAGUCUUAUAAAUUACCAUAUAGCCAAUCUCGAGAUUCAAGAUCGCACACUGUACAGUAAUGACCCUGAUGUUUUCUGGAGGUCAUAAAAGAAAACUUCAUUUGUCAUAUUCUUUUAUUGGUGGUUAUAUUCAUUGUCUAUAGUUUUUUAGAUAGAGACAUGUAUAGGAUAAUACGAGAGAGAGUAGUGUUCGUGCAAGCUGGUAUGUAUGUGGGACCACGUUACGACUCUUGUAAAGGUGUAAGUUGAACAAAACACCUUAAACCGUGAAAAAACUUUUCCUAAUGCAUAUAAGAAGUUGAAUUCUUUUCUGUUUGCGUUA